AUGCCAUUUGUUAGCUCAUUAAAUAGCACUGACGAAGAGACAAUGAUCCUAAGCGAUAACGAUUCUAAUAAUGAGAGUAUGGAUAAUGAGGUUAAACCAGUCAAAAAACCGAGCAAACAGAGUAAAAACAAAAAAGAAGUAAAAUCGAAUAAGAAAAAAACAACGAUUAGAAAAAAUAUUUCAUAUUUGGAUAAUAUUGAAAGUUUGCUAAAAAAUGAAAAAAUUGAAACUGAUAUCAUAAAUACUAUUACGGUAAAACAAGGUGAUAAUUUGAUAAAUGUUAAAUCUCCAACUAACGAUAAAAUUUCUGAGUACUGGACCAUCAGCCACUAUAAAGUGAAAAAUAUUAAGAAUGUUGAUAGCAAGAACAGAUGGAAAGAAGCUGAAUGUAGUCUUAAAGUAACGAUAACCGAUGAAGAAAAAGAUCAAGAGCUUAAGAAUAAUUUAUCAGAGGUCGUACAAACAAUAUUUACACGCUUUAUGUCUGAUCCUAAGAGGAAGAUAAUAAGAUCUAAAUUAUCAAAGAAUUAA